AUGAGCGCCAACGGAAAUGGAUCUCACAGAACUGCUCAGAACAAUGGUACAAACGGGAAAGCAAACGGGGUCGAACAUGACCUCCCUGAUCCCAAUAUGCCAAUUGCAGUCAUCGGUAUUAGCACCCGGUUCCCCGGAGGAGCUGACAGCCCGGAAGCACUCUGGAAGAUGAUCUCGAAGGGAAAGAGUGCUUGGUCAAAAGUCCCGGAGGACCGAUUUGCACUAGAUUCAUUCUACCAUCCUGAUCCAGAUCGCAAUGGCACUAUGAAUGUCACCGGUGGGCAUUUCCUAGAAGAUGAUAUCGCAUGCUUCGAUGCUCCAUUCUUCGGCAUCAGCCCGAAUGAAGCGAAGGCCAUGGACCCGCAGCAGCGACUGCAGUUAGAAUCCGCAUAUGAAGCAUUUGAAAAUGCUGGCAUCCCCAUUGAACAGGCCGCAGGGACAAGGACAUCAGUAUACAUAGGAGUCUUCAAUAAAGAUUAUGCUGACAUCAUGGGUCGCGACCCUGAAACUGGCCCCUUAUAUCAAGCGACGGGCAAUGGGCAAUCGAUCCUCUCGAAUCGUAUAUCAUACUUUUUUAAUCUGAAAGGGCCAAGUAUUACCGUGGACACGGCGUGCUCAUCCAGUUUAGUCGGCCUUCACCUUGCCUGUCAGGGCCUUCGGACUGGCGAGGCCGAGCAGGCUGUGGUGGGAGGUACUAACUUGAUAUUCAGUCCGGAUAUCAUGGUCGCCAUGAGUUUGCUCGGAUUUCUGUCUCCUGACGGAAGAUCAUAUGCAUUCGAUCAUAGAGCUAAAGGUUAUGCCCGGGGUGAAGGUGUUGCUACCCUCGUCUUGAAGCCACUACACAAGGCUAUGCGUGACGGUGAUCCCAUUCGGGCUGUAAUCCGCGGCACUGGGGUGAACUCCGAUGGCCGAACUGCGGGCAUUACUCUCCCGAACGGCGAUGCACAAGAGGCUCUGAUUCGCGAGGUAUACAGAAAUGCCAAACUUGAUCCUGUCGACACCGGUUAUUUUGAAGCGCAUGGAACAGGCACUCAGGCUGGUGACCCAAUGGAAGCAGGCGCUAUCCAUCGUGUUUUCACAGCCAAUUGCAAGCGCUCCCAACCAUUAUAUGUAGGCUCAAUUAAAACAAACAUUGGCCAUCUAGAAGGUGCCAGUGGGCUGGCUGGUGUGGUCAAGGCAAUCUUGUGUCUAGAAAAGGGACUAAUUCCGCCUAAUAUCAAUUACGAGAAGCCUAAUGAGCGCCUUGACUUGGAAAAGUGGAACUUGAAGAUCCCAACGGAACUCACGCCAUGGCCAACUGAAAUUCUUCGACGAGCGUCUGUCAAUAGCUUUGGGUAUGGGGGCACAAAUGCCCACGUGGUCCUUGAUGGGUAUAACACGUCGCGGACUGAAGUUGGCCAUCCUCUGGCAAAUGGUGGCGAUUCCAAUUCUGGGCCUCGAGUUUUUGUUUUUACAGCAAGCGAUGAAACUGCGGCAACUUCACUUAUCAAGCGUAUGGCUUCCUAUUUGCGGGAUAUUCCUAGUCCGAUCGAGACGGCCACGCUGCGAGAUUUAGCGUUUACCCUGUCGCAACGUCGUUCCCAACUCGCUUAUCGACUGGCUGUCUCCGCUUCCUCUGUCGGAGAACUAACCGAUGCCCUGGAGAAUGGACAAAUUCAAAUCCGGAAGUCGUUGAGGGCUCCACGACUAGGCCUCGUCUUCACAGGUCAAGGAGCCCAGUCGGCACAGAUGGGCGCUGCGCUCCUGGACCAAUACCCUGUUUUUGCAGAUAGCGUACAUCGUGCGAGCCGAACAUUGAAGGGGCUGGGGUGUGCUUGGAAUCUUAGAGAGGAACUUCUCAAAGAUUCGAGCUGCACCCUCAUUAAUGAGCCUCUUUACAGUCAACCUCUUUGCACCGCAUUGCAAGUUGCGCUUGUUGACCUACUCAGGUCAUGGGGUAUCCAGCCGUUAGCAGUCACUGGCCACUCCAGCGGUGAAAUCGCUGCUGCAUACGCUGCCGGUGCCCUGACACACGAAGCAGCUAUGAUGGCUGCCUAUUAUCGUGGUUUGCUUUCUUCUCAGCUUGCUGCUGAUUCUAAUACUGCAGGAUGCAUGGCCUCUGUUGGCCUGUCUCCAGUUGAAGUUGAAGAAUACUUGGCCAAACUGACGACUGGAAAGCUCUGUAUCGCGUGUUAUAACUCGCCUAAAAAUGUCACUGUAUCUGGGGACAUUGCUGCUAUGGACGAGCUCGAGUCUGCACUGCAAGGAUCAGACGUGUUCUUCCGUCGCUUGAAGGUCACUGUGGCAUACCAUUCUCACCACAUGCAACAGAUUGCAGACAGUUAUCGUGCCGCGCUGCAGAACCUUCCCCAGCCGGACGCUACUGCAAACGACGAACAAGUGCAGUUUUACUCCUCCGUCACAGGCAGCUUUAUCUCAAACUCUGAGUUAGGCGCUGACUAUUGGGUACAAAACAUGGUUUCCCCUGUUCUAUUCUCUUCCUCUAUGCGCAGUAUGUGCCUGGGCAUCAAGCAGGACGGCAAACGUAUUGUCCGCGGAAACAAACUCAACGUGCAGAUGCUGUUGGAGGUUGGCCCACACUCGGCUCUCGCUGGUCCCAUCAAGAACAUUCUCAAAGACCCAUCGUUUAGAAGCGGUUCCCAGGUUCCCUAUACAUCCUGCCUCGUCCGCAAUGAUGAUUCUGUUUCAACUAUACUUAAAGCUGCGGGCGAUAUGUUCGUCAAUGGUUAUCCAGUCAACUUCUCCCGUAUCAAUGAGCCAGUGGAUGGCCCACGUCCCCAAGCUUUGCCCGAUUUGCCCCCUUAUGCAUGGAAUCACACCAAUCGGUAUUGGCACGAGUCCCGCAUUAGCAAGAACUACCGCUUGCGAUCUCAGCCUCGGAGAGACCUACUUGGUGCUCCAGUAUCAGACUUUAAUCCAAGUGAGCCACGGUGGCGUGGGUUUAUCCGUAUGUCAGAGCUCCCCUGGAUCAAGGACCAUCAGGUGGAAGGCAAGAUCCUAUAUCCUGCUGCUGGUAUGAUCUUGAUGGCAGUCGAAGCUAUGCGCCAGAUCACGCCUUCUGACGACAUUACUGGAUUCGAGCUCCGGGAUAUCCAAAUCGGGAAGGCAAUCAUGGUCAAUGAGGGAGGAGAAGAUAUCGAAACUAUGUUCGCACUGCGACCUUGGAACACAUCAUCUGUUGGGUCGUCGACCUACUGGUAUGAGUUUCGGCUGUUUUCAGUCACGGAGAGCGAGGGUUGGAGCGAGCAUUGCCGUGGAUGUAUUGCCGCUGUUAAGCCAACGGGCCCUAGGGAGCUGGGAAGCGCGCAAGAGUCCAAGCUACGUGUGGAAGCAGCGCAGCAGCUCAUCAACCACCACAGAGAAGUAUGCACUUCUAAUGUCAAUGUACGGCGCAUGUACGAAGACUUGACACAUGUUGGACUGAGUUACGGCCCUUCAUUCCAGAAUCUGGCAAGUUUGAGAAGUGCAGAGAAAGAUCAUCUCGUAUUUGCCAGUGUUGCUGUCCCCGACACCGCGCAGCUGAUGCCGCAUAAAUUCGAGUACCCACACCUUUUACAUCCAGCGACCCUAGACACUAUCUUGCAAACGAUCUUUCCGGCACUCACAGCUGGUGGGAAGGAUCUCACGAGCCCCUUAGUACCGACCUUUAUUCGACGGAUCAAUAUUGCUAAUUACCCAUGUACCUCCCUGGGACAGGUUCUAGAAGUCGCCUCGUCUGCCUUGUGGAAGGGCUUCCGGCAUGCUGAUGCCGAGGUCACAGUUACGGACACUUCCAGAAAGGAUAUAGGGGCAGUGGUCGAGAUAGAAGGCCUGCGGUGUUCCACUAUUGCGCACAUGGUUACCUCCGACACGGCAGCUGAUAGUCGGAAGCUGUGUUUUAAUAUGGUAUGGGAUGACGACCUCGAUCUGCUGCAGCCAAGCAAUAUUCCAAAGGUGCUACCACCAAGCUGCCGCAAUGCUGAACUCUCGAGACAAAUCGAGAUGAUGGAAACAGCAGGAUACUUGUAUAUGAAGCAGGCGGUGGACACGCUCACGCCCGAAGAUAUUGACAAAUUGUCCAGUCACCAUCGCUUGUUUUAUGCUUCAAUGCAAGACAUUUGUCAACGGGAAGAGGCCAAGGCACUCGCACGCCAAUCAUCAUUAUUGAUGGCUUGCUCAGAUUCAGAACACUCGGCACUGACCCAAAUGGUUGCAUCCUUCGGUGCGGAAGGAGAGAUGGUGUGCCGUAUGGGUGAGAACUUGGUGCCAAUAUUGCGUCAGGAGGUUGACCCGCUGGAGCUUAUGUUGAAGAACGAUCUGUUGUAUGAUCUGUACCGAACAGCCUUGGGUACAGACCGCUGUUACGAGCAGAUGUCUAGGAUCAUGCAGAAGCUGUCGCACAAGCGGCCGGAUCUGAAAGUGCUAGAAAUCGGUGCUGGCACCGGCGGAGCUACAAAACCAAUCCUCGAGACGCUGGGCGGACAGGGAGAUAAUUACCCUCGAUUCUUGCACUAUGACUUUACUGAUAUCUCGAAUGGUUUCUUUGAAAAGGCCCAGGAGAAUUUCAAGGCGUGGGCGGGCCUCGUAUCAUACAAGCGUCUCGAUAUCGAGGAAGACGUCGCGAAUCAAGACUUUGGGGAAGGCCAGUACGACGUGAUUGUCGCCGCAAACGUGCUACAUGCGACGAAGACAAUGAAAAAGACCAUGCAGAAUGUUCGGAAGCUGCUGAAGCCUGGUGGGAAGUUGAUCCUAAUGGAGGUCACUCGUCUUCUGCUGCGCGGUUCAGUCAUCUUCGGUAAUCUCCCUGGAUGGUGGCUGGGCGCGGAGGAAGGUCGUACGCAUGGGCCAACACUUACCGAAGAUUCUUGGGGUGAGCUCCUGUGUGAUACAGGAUUCUCGGGUCUUGAUAUCUGUCUUAGGGACUUCCCUGACCAGGAAGACUACAUGUAUAGUGUUAUGGUCAGCACGGCAGAAGGGGGCCAAGACAGCUCUUAUCCCCCGGCAGUGAUUAUUGAUUCCUUUGGAACCCAGUCGGUGGCCACAAAGCAAUUGAGCCAGGCCCUAGCAAAUCUAACUUCCGUUGAGCCCGAGAUCUAUACUCUUGAGGGCUGUGCCUCAGCAGACUUAUUGGGCAAGGUCUGCCUCUGUCUUGAUGAGACCUCACAGAGCCUCAUUCACCAGAUGGAUGCCGAACGGUUUUACCAAGUCCGUAAAGCAAUUUCAUCUAGCAAAGGCCUUCUUUGGGUCGUCCGCAGUGCAGCUACAAAUGAUGACGUGCCUAAUGCCAGCUUGAUUGCCGGUUUGGCUCGAUCCAUCCGCUCCGAAGAUCAAAGCAAGCGCUUGAUCACCCUUGAUCUGGAUGGCGAGCGCCCGUUGUCUGCUACAGAAGCUGCAACCUCAAUUUUCCAUGUCUUCCAAUGCUCUUUUAGAAACGAGGAGGAAGGCCAAAAAGGAGACUGGGAAUUACGUGAACGUGAUGGUCGUCUCCAAAUCCCACGUAUGAUUGAGGAUGUAGUCGCAAAUCAGUUCAUCGCACGGGAGACUAAGGAAGCGACCCCUGAACUGCAGCCUUUCAAGCAGCCUGGCCGGCCAUUGAAGCUAGAAAUUGGCAUUCCCGGUUUGCUAGAUACACUCCGGUUCGUCGACGAUCCGACGUUUUUGUCACCGAUCGGAGAUGACGAGGUCGAUAUAGAUGUCGCUGCAUCCGGUGUUAACUUUCGCGAUAUCAUGGUGUCCAUGGGACAGCUGGUCGAUAAUUUCCUAGGUUGCGAAUGCAGUGGUGUGAUUACCCAGGUCGGUCGGAAUGUUACCCGACUCAAGCCAGGAGACCGCGUAUGCACUUGGACGCUGGGCUGUUACAGCACCUACGUGCGGAAUCCGGAAGCCUUGGUGCAAGUGAUUCCCGACGACAUGUCAUAUGAGGUUGCCGCAUCCUUGCCAAUCGUAUACUGUACCGCUUACUUUGCGAUCGUGGACACUGCUCGGCUGCAGAAGGGCGAGAGUGUUCUUAUUCACGCCGCAGCAGGUGGUGUCGGCCAGGCAGCUAUUAUGCUGGCGCAAAUGAUCGGCGCAGAAAUUUAUGCCACCGUUGGAACUGUAGAGAAACGCCGGUUCCUCCAGGAGAAGUACGGAAUUCCCGACGACCACAUAUUCUCUAGUCGAGACAGCUCUUUCGCGGACGGAGUUCGACGGAUGACCAAGGGCAAGGGAGUUGAUGUUGUGCUGAACUCGCUAGCCGGAGAGCUAUUGCGAGAAACAUGGCAUUGUAUUUCUAUGUUUGGCCGAUUCAUUGAGAUCGGCAAGCGAGACAUCGAGAUUAAUACUAAGCUGGAGAUGUCCCCCUUCAUCCGCAAUGUCACGUUUGCUUCCGUGGACUUGACGGUCAUCUUCCGACACCGGAAGCCACUCGGUGCGGCUGCACUCAAUGCCGUGAUGGACUUGCUGCGCGAACGUAAGGUUCAUGAGAUUGACCCCAUUACGACGUUCCCUGUGUCACAGAUCGAGGAUGCCUUCCGAAUGAUGCAGGCGGGCAAGCAUCUGGGCAAACUUAUCAUCACCACCAGUCCCACUGAUCUUGUGAAGGCACUACCCAAACGCGAAGAGACGCUUCAGCUGCGUCCGGAUGCAUCCUACCUGCUCGUUGGUGGUCUUGGAGGCUUAGGACGUGCGACCUCUGUGUGGAUGGCGGAGCAUGGGGCGAAGAAUCUUAUCUUUGUCUCUCGGUCUGGAACAGCUAAGCCCGAAGCAGCGGCAUUAGUUGAGCGGCUUCAGAAAGCCGGAGUGGAGGUUGCCGUCCUCCAAUGUGACGUUUCUGACUAUGAUAAGCUGUCUGCUGCUGUCCAGCAGGCAGAGACCGCAAUGCCCCCGAUCCGCGGUGUCAUCCAUGGCGGCAUGGUUUUGAAUGAUUCCAUUUUCGAAGCUAUGACCUACGAGCAGUUCCAAGAUGCUCUCCGGCCCAAAGUUACCGGAACUAAGAACCUCCACAGGCUUACUACCUCGAAGGAUCUAGAUUUCUUCAUCAUGCUGUCUUCAGCAGCCGGCAUCGUGGGCAACUCUAGCCAAGGCAACUACGCUGCCGGAGGCGCUUUCCAGGACGCCUUUGCACACUACCGCACAACUAAAGGACUUCCAGCCGUCACGCUCGAUCUCGGUAGUAUCGAUGACGUUGGCUUUGUAGCAGAAAACCAAGACUACGUUGUGAAUCUCGAGCGCUGGGGCUAUCUCACCAUUGCCCAAGCCGAAUUCUUCUCCAUGAUCAAGCAGGCCAUUUUGCAGCCCAAACGGUCGCAGACCGACUGUCAAGUGAUUACCGGCUUAGGGACUCAAGGAAUGGUCGAGGCAGGUGGAGACACCAGCGCCGACGAGGUUCCCUUCUGGUUCCAUGAUGCAAAGUUCUCACAUCUACUUCAGAUGGGCCGCAAACAAACAAAAGAAGAGGAUUCAGACCGUGGGAUGCGCCUGAUCGAAGCCAUCCCAGCAGCCGAAUCACUAAACGAGGCAACCCAUAUAAUCUGCGAUGCGAUCGUUGGAAAGAUGGCAAAGAUGCUCGGAGUCCCAGCGGAGUCUAUCGAUUCAUCGCAAUCUAUGGCGGCGUACGGGCUGGAUUCACUAGUUGCGGUGGAAUUACGCAACUGGCUAUUCCGCGAGGCCAAGGCUGACGUGGCCGUGUUUGAGGUGCUCGGCAAAGGGUCAGUGAUGGCAUUGGCAGGAGACAUUGCCCUAAAAUCGAAGAUAUUGCCAGCUGCGUUGCGAAAGGAGGCUCAAGACGCGUAG